AUGGCGGAGAAACGCAAGCUCCCCGCGCGUGAGCGUCGCGAACCCGCGGCAAAGAGAAGGGCCUCCGAAGCCACUCCGCAACCCCAGUCUUCCAAGAAGAAGGCCUCAACGCCUGUGGUCGUCCCAUCGCCUGCGCCUGAGCCUGAACCAGUCCAGGAACCUGAGGAGCCCCUUCCGACAAAAGUCAAGGAUGGCGAAGCUCUUCCAACGCUGUCCAAGCCGCAGCCCUCGAACCUCUCGGACAAGGACUACCAGUCUAUUGCGGAAAGCGCUGUUCUAUUAGUAUCCCUGGAACGUUCCAAGAAGAAAUGGCUCAGCGAUGGCAUCUUCGAGAAAUACUGGACGAAGCCCAAGAAGACCAAAAGAGAGCAGAUCGAAGGCAAGAACCCUCCCAAGGAGUCCAUGAGCAAGGUCGGGCCUUGCAAGAUCAUCAUCGAACCUCACCACUUUGACGGGAUGUUGUAUGUUGUCAAGGACCCCAAUGCAAAACCGCCCGUCCAGAUGGCGCCUGCGCAACGCCAGAUGGUCCACUACGGCCCUCCCAACGCCUUCCAUCAGUAUCAGGCAUAUCCUCCUCCGAAUCAGAUGCGCCAGCCUCCUCCAUACAAUUAUCAUCCGCCUCCGCAGCCGGGUAUGGACCAGCGUGGUCCGCCACCUGCUCAUCCACCUCCACCCCAGCCUCAUCCUCAGCAGAGGACACCGCAGCCUCCUCCUGCGAGAAGGCCUGAGCCUGCGCAAGCUCCCCCACAACAGCCGCCGAAACCGAGUCCAGAUCCUGUGAUCCAGAUGCUUGCUACCCGGGCUGCGCAGGACCCUGAGUUAAAGGCGUUGAUGCGGGUGGUUGCGUCGAGCAAGGCGUCUCAAGAACAGCUGCGAACUUUCCAGGCGCAUAUCGAUGAGCUCAACGCCAUUAUCAGAAGCAGAGAGCAACAGCAACAGCGACAGCAGCAACAGCAGCAGCAACAACAGCAACAGUACCAGCAGUCGCAGUAUCCGCAACAACCGCAACCGCAGCACCCUCAGCAACCGCCACCACAGCCACAGCAGCAGCAGCAGCAGCAGCAGCAGCAACCACGAGAUCCGGAACCACCUCAGUCGGCUCCCGCGGCUCCCUCAGCCCCGGAACAGGCGCAGGCGCAAAACAAUGUCCCUCAGGCCCAGCCCCCUCCAACUCCCAGUCAAGCCCCGACGCCUACUCCCCAAACCCCGGCUCCAAAUAACUCUCCGCAAGUCAAGACGGAAUCUGGUACACCGGCUUCUACACCUGCCCCGGCGCCUGCACCACCACAGCAACCUCCUCGGACGGCAGAGCCUGCACCUGCUUCUGCACCCGGUCCAUCUCCAACUCCAGUGCCGACGCCUUCACCAGCUCCAAGCUCAAACGCCCCACCAACCACUUCCACGCCACGCCCUCUACCUCCUCCAAAUCAAUCACCACAGCCAGGCUCACCAUACCCUGGUCCGCUCCAUUAUCCGCCUUACCCACAGUCUCCGUAUCAAGCCACUCCACCGCCGAUCAAGGCCCGCAAUAACUCGCAGUAUGGGCCUCCAGGUGCUUACUACCAUCAAACCGGGCCUCCUCCGCCUCCUCCGAAGCCACCGAUCAAAGCGGUGGUAUUUGAGUUUACGUCGCCUCUUACUCCAUAUGGUAGCAGCACGUCAGGACAUGCCGGAUCGGGAGACCGUUAUCUUUUCCCAGAAUACUCGAUCCUCGAGUUCUUGCCAGGAGGAAACACCGUUAUAGCGUCGUUCCUCAUUGUCCGGAAGGUUGAUCCGAACGCCAAAUUUCCCAUUGAAAAUGCAUCAGAUGCCGCACCGAAGACGAAAGGGAAAUCAAGGUCUAAAAAGGCCGACAAAGACAAGGGCAAAUCCGGUGCACUGUCUACUCCUGCUGAGAAGGAAGGGGAUAAUGACAAGGUUAAAGAUAAGGCCACAGAAAAAGAGCCAGAUAAUAAAGAGUCGUCAAAAGAUGAGAACAAAGACUCGACAGGCGAGCAAGCCGCGAAUGGAGAGAAGAAGGAAACCGAAGAGAAAGCCAAGGAGGCGUCCAAUCUCAAAGAGUACUACCAACCCGUUACCAUCCGUAUUUACAGCAGCAAGCCGGGCGUCCUCGAGCCCCUCAGCCGGGUCGUGAAGCCCCAGGCAGAAGUCCGCAAAUACAUGGAAGAAGUGAUGGAUCGAGCGGAGCGCGCCCCGGAGGGAUUCCUUGCCUUCCGUCUGCCGAGAGAAUCCGACGGCGAAGGCAAUGCGAAUGAACCGGAAGACAAUAACAAUAAACCUGCUGCUGCUGCUGCUACUACUACUACUGCUUCUACACGGGGAACCGCGGGAGCAACCCGAGGAGGCAAGGGCAGAAACGCCGAGACCGUCGAACCCCACGUCAGCGGAGCUGACCAGGAGGAGGAGGAAGAAGAGGAAGAGUUGAAGGAUUUCUACGAGCCUCCUAGCGGGCUUGUCCCGUUGCGUGUGUAG